AUGGGCUGUGCCCAGAGCUGCCAGCAGUCCAACAGAUUAGGCAGCGGCGGCGACGGCCGGAGCGGUGAACGAGACGGCGGUGCUGUAAAGGUAGAGGGAGACUUCGGGCGCGAUGGCCGCGGCGGUGUCGGUGUCGGGCGCGAAGACAAUAAGCGCUCUGCCAGCAGUAGCAGCAGCAGCCAUCGCCAGCAGCAGACCGGCGGGAUUCAAAAGCCAGCCACAUCUCGCGCGGCUUGCCACAGUUUGGAUCGCAGAAGGGGCCUAGGGCGAGGGGAGGCAGGGCCGCCGGGGGCCAGCGACGGCGAGGGGUGGCAUGCGGUGGCGCUGGACGACGGAGUACAGAGCAGCAGCGGCAGCGACAAGCAGCUAAUGCAGGUGGUUGUUCUUGUGUUUGCGGGUGUAUGUCUUUAA